AUGAGCACGAUUGGCUGCAGCGGCUUCUAUACAGGCUUGGAGUCUCAGGGCUUGCGCGCGCCAGAUGGCGUGCCGCCCUCGGUGCCACUGGGCCGUGCCGGGCCGCUCCAGGGGCGCAGCGGGUUGAGGCUUCGGGCGGUGCAGGCCCCUUUCUGCGCCGACCUGCGCGCGGACCCGCCCUCCGCGGACGUGGUGCGGAUGGACGUGCGAAGCAGGGGGGAGCUGGAGGGCAUGAGCGAGGCCAAGUUGAAACAACUGGCGAUGGAUGUGCAAAGCCGCAGCCGUAGCCGAGGAAAAGAUUUGCCCAUCUUGCCAGCUCAUCGAGACGGGUUGAUCCUGUGGAUCCUCAAGGCACAGGUCUUGUCCCCACAAGUGGCCAAGCCCGCAGCUGGACAAGCGAGUGAGCUCCAGCAAGAGCUCCUGGAGAAAGGCCUACAUGGUCCAAGUCCAGCUGCGAGCCUCUCAGGCAAAGAGAAGGGGCUCCUGGACUUGGGAGAUGGCCGCUUUCGCGUGAGCCUGGACUUGAACGCGUCGUCGCCGCAACUGGGCAUUGAAGUGGACAACACCGACCUACGAGGCUCCAUGAUCCUCCACAUCAGCGAGGAUGGCCUCGUUCAACGGCACAACGAGCUGAAUCCACAGCAUGCCAUCUCCGUGUAUGACCGGAUUGUCUCCCUCAACGGAGAGGCCACGCCGAUCACCGAGCUCCACCGCUUGCGCUUGUCUUCCGGACAGAUCGGCCAAAGCUUGGUGCUGGUGCUCUCCAGGCCCAAGCUGUUGCCACUGAGCCUCACCAAGGACGGUUCACUUGGCUUGCAGAUGAAGUACACGGUGAAGUCCGCCGGUAUCAUCAUCGACGCGGUGCUGCCUUCGGGUCUCAUCGAAGAAUGGAACGCGUCCCAUGAGCUGUCGGAGCGUGUGAUGGCCGGCGAUCGGAUCAUCGCACUGGACGGGCAACAGAUGCCAGGGCGAAAGAUGGUGGAUGAGCUGAAGAUGCGGAUGGGGACGCCCUUGGAGCUCACGAUCCUGCACUACUCGGACAUCGAGCGCACCAGCUGA